UCUCCCGUGCUCUCAGUGGUGUUUCGGACGCGGACGAGAGUGGAUGUGUAUAAUUCGUUGUCUCUCUCUUUCUCUCCUUUUCGUCGUCGUCGUCCUCGUCGUCGUCAUCAUCGUUCUCGUUCUCCCUUGAGAAUUGAUAAAACGCAUUUUCGAACGUUUUUAACAACAAUAGACAUUUAUCCAUUGUUCAUUAACUUAGUUUACUAGUGUAAAUGUGCGUCGAUAUAUUUUCGUUAUAAUGUGUAUUUCUCGUAUCUAGCGAUAGAAAAAAAAAAGGAAGAAGAAGGAGAAGAAGAAGGAGAAGGAGAUAAACAAAAAUUAUCACAUUCCUGGAAUUAUUCUACGACGCCGUUGUACGUUUUAGUGAAAGUACUCGUGUAGCCGCGAUAACGAGCUAGAAUAGAGAUAACGUACAUACUAACGAGUGAACGAUAGUGAGAAGGAAAAAAGAGAGAGAGAGAGAAGAAAAAAAAACGAAAAGUAAAUGACAAUAAAUCGACCGGACAGAAAGAAGAACGUCGACAAAGAAAAUUAUUCGUCGAUAAAAUUUCAUUGGUCGUUGUAUAAUAACUAUCCUACGUAAAUAAUUAUCUUUAACGAUCCUACGCAUUUUUAUCUGUUUAUGGUAUUAACAAGUAGAAAAAAAAAAGAUAAACAAAACAGAAACGAUCCGUGAGUGUUUUGCGCAUUUAUAUAUAUAUAUAUAAGUUAUGUUAUAGGUUUGUUGAUCGUACGUAACGUUAAUAUCCGAUUAUUAAAAAAACUACUGUAUUACUCUCUGCGUUCAAACACGUUCGGUGACCUUCGUAGGACAUUCUCUCAUUUCGAGGAUAUCUAUCGCUUUUACUAUCUCUUUAGUUACAAACGCUUACGCAUGAAUAUAUCAUUUCAACAAAGAACGUCGUAAUAUUCACGAAAAUAUUCAUUAAAUGUACGACAUCGACAACGAAUUUUAUUCGUUAUUAAUGAAAUUCUGUUUCGUUAAUUCUUUUCGUAAUAUUUAUUGUUAAUAAUCUCACGUUGUAACUCACGUAGUAUUCGAUUUUUUUUUUUUUUCAUUAUUAAUUCGUUGCGAAUCAGUGUUAAGGUGAAACGACAAGAAAAGAAAAAGAAUAAUAAAACGAAAGAACUUGGUCUAAUCGUAAAUCCGAGAAACGUUUCGUGUGAUCGAUUUUGUCCUUCGAGUACAGUGCUGUGACCAAAAAGAAAAAGAAAAAGAAAAAGAAAAAAGAAGAAGAAGAGAAAAAAUUUUGUGAUAUCUGGUGUUAUCCAAGUAACCAGCUAAAACCAACCAGCUAGACAGAACGAACAUCAUUGUAUCUCUCUUACUCUAUUUCUCACAGUUACAGAGUUGAUACAGGUAAACCUGCUGGAUAAAUUGAUCGAACCUCCGAUGAUAUCGAGUUAUCAACAACAACAACAACAACAACAACAACAACAACAACAACAAUACGUCGCACUCUAAGAUAAUCUCAUCCUCGUUGCCGAAGAAUCUUCUCGGAACAAACACCGAACGAACUCGAAUUACUGGGACGAGCGAUCGAACGAGGUUCUGACUUACAAAAGGUGUCCUGCGGCACGCGAUGCGAUUGUGCAGUUCCGUGGAUAGGAGUGGAACGUUGCCUGAGACGGAGAUAGAAAGUGGCUGCUGUGGAAGUAAGAGCAAGUGGUGCAUUGGCGAGAUGAGGUUGAUGCAGAGGCUAGCGAUCAGUGGACUUUUUUCGGUGAUACUGAUCGUUCUAUUAACUGGAACAUUCGUAACCAGACGCGACCUGACCAGUGUCGUUGAAAGAGGUGUCGCACCAGAGGAACGUGCGGAACAAGUAAAUCCAGCUUGGAUCCAGGAUAAUGCUGUACCUGUUGGCGGUGCUGGUGGUGGUGCUGCCGAUGGUGCUGGUGCUGUUGCUGGAGGACUUGCUGGGCAAGGUUUGGCUCGCGAAGAGAACAGAAUCGAAGAUAAACAAGAUCGUCGAAUGUUCACCCUCGUUAGGACGGUUCAUAGGCCUUCCGUAGUUUCUGUUGCCGUUGCACCACCACCAGCACCACUUCCAGGUCCUUACGUCGUUAGACCACCCAAUCCGCCAUUGGAUGAUGUCACUCAUCAACGACGUGAGAAGAUCAAGGAGAUGAUGAAGCACGGCUGGGACAAUUACGUGAGGUACGCCUGGGGGAAAAACGAGCUCAGGCCGAUCUCGAAGAAGGGCCACAGCGCCAGUAUCUUCGGCACGUCCACGAUGGGUGCGACCAUAGUCGAUGGUCUGGAUACCCUUUACAUCAUGGGUCUGCACGAUGAGUUCAAGCAAGGCAGGGAUUGGAUUGCCGAGAACCUGGAUUUCGAUAUCAAUUCAGAGAUAUCGCUAUUCGAGACGAACAUUCGUUUUAUGGGAAGUCUUUUGGCUUGUUACGCUCUCACGGGAGACGUAAUGUUCCGGGAUAAGGCGGCCCAACUCGGUGAACGGAUGUUACCAGCCUUCCAAACGGAAACCGGAAUUCCUCAUUCCCUCAUCAACCUCCACACCGGUGCCAGCAAGAAUUAUGGUUGGGCAAGUAGCGGAUGCAGUAUUUUGUCAGAGAUCGGUACGAUGCAUUUGGAAUUCACUUACCUGAGUGACAUUACCGGGAAUCCCGUCUUCAAGAGCAAAGUCGAGAACGUGAGGAAGGUGCUGAAGAAUCUUGAAAAGCCGAAGGGUCUCUAUCCAAAUUACAUUCACCCGAGAACUGGAAAAUGGGGUCAACAUCACAUGUCACUCGGAGGAUUAGGUGACAGUUUCUACGAGUAUCUGUUAAAGGCUUGGAUCCAAUCGGGAAAGGAGGACAGAGAAGCACGUGAAAUGUAUGACGAAGCAAUUGCAGCUAUCAGCGAGCACAUGAUCAAGACGUCACCCGGUAAACUCCUCUAUGUAUCGGAUUUGAAGUAUGACAGGCCUGAACACAAAAUGGGUCACUUAGCUUGUUUCGCUGGUGGUAUGUUCGCAUUGGGUGCGAGAACCUUAGAAAACGAAGUGUCGGAUAAAUACAUGAGCAUAGCCGCAGGCUUGACCAACACCUGUCACGAGUCCUACGACAGAAGUGUGACUAAACUCGGUCCGGAAGCUUUUCAUUUUAUCGAAGGAAACGAGGCGAGAAGUUUGAAAACUGGCGAAAAAUAUUAUAUCCUUCGACCUGAGACGUUCGAGUCGUAUUUCGUGAUGUGGCGGCUUACAAAGGAUCCGAAAUAUCGCGAAUGGGGCUGGGAAGCCGUCCAAGCACUGGAAAAACAUUGUCGAGUCCCAGGAGGAUUCACGGGACUCCACAAUGUUUACUUAGCCAACUCACCGAAGGAUGACGUUCAACAGAGUUACUUCUUCGCCGAAACGCUCAAGUACCUCUACCUUUUAUUCAGUGACGACGAUCUCAUUAAUCUGAACGAUUGGGUGUUCAACUCCGAGGCUCACGUGCUUCCAAUCAGAGGAAACCCUCUCUAUCGCCCAGCUCCCUCCAUGUAAACUAGAAUCUCAACUUCAUUCGAAGAUGACGUACCGCGAUCGAUGAUUCAUUCUGCAGUGAAAUAUAAAAUGCAGAAGAGAAAGAAAAGAUAAAAAAAGGAACGAGAAACUUGAUUCUACAAUGGAAGAGUUCAUCUUUACGUUUUCGAGAUGAAAAUUAUCAUGUGAUCGGUCGCAGCUUACAACGAGAGGAGUAGAGAAGUGCGAAUUACACACACACACACACACACACGAUAUUAUUCAAUAUAUAUAUAUAUAUACAUAUAUAUAUACACAUAUAUAUAUACAUACAUAUAUAUAUAUAUAAAUUAACAAAUAUUUUAGCUAAAUGAAAGGACGAAAGCAAACAGAGAGAAAAAGAAAGAAAGAGAGAAAGAAAGAAAGUGAGAGAGAGAGAGAGAGAAAUCAAUAUGUACGUAUGCGUGUGACAAAGCUAGAGAGAAAAAAAAUUAAGAACAAAGCGAACGUUAUUUAAAAAAUUCACGUUUGUAAAUAGCGUAAAGAACAUGUGCAAGUGAGAGAGUGAGAGAGUGAGAGAGAGAGAGAAUGGUAGGAUAAUUAUCGAAAGAAAGAGACAAACGGACAGACAGACAGACAGACAGACAGACACGUGUUUCAUUCCUGUCUCUUUAACAAUCCAGAAAAGAUGAAAAAAAAUGGCGAAUUGAACCGAUCACGUGUCUUUAUAACAAAAUACUGCUACUAUUUACUAUUAACGAAAAUUCGCGAUUAACUUGAAAUAUUCGAAUAGAUAGACGACAUCGCGAAUAGCUUAUACAUACGUAUGUACAUACAUAUCUGUGUACUUUCAGUGUGUUUUACCGCGCGCGUAAAAAAAAAAGAAAAAAAGAAGAAAAAUUAAAAAAUAGAAAGAAGAAAAAUAAAAAAUAAAAAGUCGAAUUAUUUUUUUCAAAUAUCAUUGAACUAUUCGAAUAUUUAAAGUGAGAAUUAUCGAUAUCGUCUAAAAGAAUAAAUCGAUUUUGAUCGGAUAUGAUCAUCUUCUUCUAAUUGGUUCAAAUUAUUGAACAUAUAAUAAUAGAUAUGUAAUAUCAAACGCAAGUGGCUAAUCGAACGAUCGGUAAUCAAUGACGAGUUCAUCAAUCACUUGUUUUUCCUUCCAAGGACGACAGUGAAUGAAUCUAAUAAUUUUAAAAAAACUUAGAAGACAACCGAGAAAAGAAAAAAAAAAGAAAGAAAGAAGAAAAAAGAGUAAAUGAAAAGAAGAAGAAGAAAAAGAAAAAAAUACCCGUCAGCCAAUCAAAACUAGAUAGCACUUCGUACGUUUUUCUAUCAUUGGAAAUCACGUUUUUUAAUCUCCGUUUGAUAAUAAUAAUAAUAGUAAUAAUAAUAUUAAUAAUAAUAUUAAUAAUAAUAAUAAUAAUAACGACGAUGAUAAUAAUAAUGAUAAUAUCCGAAUCAACAAAGUCAUCUCGUCAUACCUCAUAUCCUCUCUAGUGAGGUUCUCUCCUCUCCAUUUUUCUAAGGACUCUGCUGUGUGAGUGCCGUGCUAACUUUCUUCUCUUUUUACCUCUAUUUUCUUUGUUUUUUUUUUUUUUGGUUCUUUUCUAUAAAAUCAAGCCAAGUGAGAAAGAAAGAAAUAAAUAGAUAGAUAGAGAGAGAGAGAAAGAGAGAAUAUUUGUGCGUGUCUGUGUUGUGUUUGCUUUAAAGUGCGAGUGAGAAAUCUAACAUGAAGUUGAAUAAAACAAUUAAAAACGAAAUGAAACACCUAAAAGGAAAAAAAGAAAAAAAAAUGAUAAACAAAACAAAUCGUAGCCCUUUAAAGAUAAUAGCGACAAAUAGUGUUGCCUGUAAUAAAAAUAUAGGUGUGUAUAUAAAGAUUUAAAGGAAGGAAGGAAGGAAAGAAAUUAAGAAAAAGAAAAAAGAAAAAAGAAAGUCAUAUUCUGUACUGGAAUGUUAUUAGUUUAAUCGAUCGUAGGUAAAUUGCGCUAUUUGUUAUGUAUAGUAUUUGCAACGAAAGAAAUAUUCGAGGGGAGGUUGAGGGGUAGCAGUGGAAGUGAGACGGAGAAAGCGUACGUUGAAGCUAACUAUAUAAGAAUAAUUAUUAACAUCAUCUAGGAAAUAUUAUAAACAAAUAUCGUCGAGUAUAUCGAUCUUUUAAUCGAUCUUUAAAAAAGAUUGAUAUUAGAUUAUAUACUCGAAUGUUUUAGUUUUCAUUUUCUUUUUUUUUUUCUUCUUCUUUUAUCCUUUUUUUUCUUAGCUUCACGACGUGUCUUCACCAACUUGGAAUACGUGUGACGACGACGACGACGACGACAAGAAUGAAAGGGAAAAAAAAGAAAUAAAAAGAAAAAGAGAUAAAUAUUCUUAUGAUUGAAACUUCGAUACAAUCAAUUAAAACGGCCGGAAAGUUACUUAAUGUACACACACACGCGGAUUAUAACUAGUAGCUUUUUACACUGGGAUGACGUUUGAAAAAAAAAAAAAAUAAUAAAAAAAUCUAAACUUUUCAAACGUCAUCUCAGAACGAUUGACGCCGGAUACAUACUCACGCGCAUACUCACACACAAAAAAAGAAGAUACUCAUUUGCUAUGCAUGAAAGGACGAAAUAAAAGAUAAAUAAAUAAAUAAUUAAAGAAAAUAAAUAAAUAAAUAAAUAGAAAGAAAACAAGAAAGAAAGAAACGCAGACGACUGAAAAAGAAAAGAGAAAUUGGAAGAGGAUAUAGAAAAAAAAAGAAAUAGAAGAAAAAGAAGAAGAAGUGGAAGGAAGUGAAAAUGAAAAAAAAAGAAAGAAAAUAAAUGAUAAAAGUAUCAUUAGAUGACGUAAGCGAGAUCUUUGGAAGCAAGACGAGGUGAAGUUACCUCGCUGCCCGUAGAUAAAGAGAGACUAAUAUUUCUAAUAAAAUCUCAUUUAUCAUUUUUAUUACAUCGGUCGUCGUGCUUCCAAAUGAUUCGUUUUCCAAAUAAAUAAAUGAAUUAAGAAAAGAAAAGAAAAAAAAUGCAAGAGAAAGGAAAAGAAAGGACAAAGAAGCGAAUGCCGUCAAUUUUAAAAAGUCCUGAUGCUGUAUGUAUGUACGUGCGUAUGUGUGUCUUAUGUAACAAUAGUCGUAAAUGACGUUAGCGGCUAAUAAAUGAUAAGAGAGAGAGAGAGAGAGAGAGAGAGAGAGAGAGAGAGAGAGAGAGA